AGAUGUGGUAUCACGAGGUUCAACGUCUUCUGCGACAAGUCCAACAACUACGUCGCCCGGUACUGAUGUGUUCCCUCAACCGAUUGAGGUAUGUUCAUAAAAAGUUUAUGGGUAUCAUUUUGAUCAAGCCUGUAGAGACAAGUUUUCAUAUUUAAGCUGAUUCGUCAGUUUUGCAUUGCGCACUUUACUGCGCAUAUCUAAUAACAAAUUCUAGCAUUAAUAUGUUGUCGAACUGCAAUGUAUAAAGUGAUAAAGAAAGAGUAAGAGCAAAGAAAGGUGUGUUUCGGGAAAUAUACCUUUAAAAAUGACAGAAUUCUGGCUAGCAUGUUUAACCCCAGUAUGUCGUUGAGAAGGUCCGUGACCCUACUUUUAUAUUUUUGUUCUUCUAUACGUUUUAAAUAUCGUAUCAGAAAAUAAAAGAAAAAUCAUUUCUGCAACUUAUAAUAUUUUACAUUUUUCACGCAUGCUUCCCAAAAUAUCAUGUCUGAGGAGAUGGGAAAAUAUAUCUUUGCACCAUGACAAUGCACGUCAAUGGUUCUUGAUUCGCGUGGUUCAAGUGGGAUAAAAUAUUUCAUAACUUUUAGCACUGAUGAAGAUCCGGGAGGAAGAAGUUCAGAUUCACUAUACUGCUACCUCUCAUUGGAGUAGCACGCAUUUGAUUCGUUAGUCGGGUAGAUUAAACGCAGCUGAUUGGUUAAUCGUGUAGCCGGUAGUGGAAAUCAUUAAAUUUAGUAAAUAUUGCUACGUGGUGUUUUCCACAAACCAAAACCUAAGUCCUGGUCAAACGGGAAUGAGAGUUGACGAGGAGAGUUAAGAUUUAAGAAUAUGGUAUACACGAGGCCAACUUUCCUGCAACUUCCAAGGAAAGUUCAGCUUUCCUGUCACAACUUUCAGAGGCAUGUUAUGUAAAAUUUAUUCACAGUGAAAUUGAACAAUUAUCUCACAUUGAACUCCUCCUACCUUUGUAGGGCCAUUGGAUGCCUUUCUAUGGCCAUAUUAUCCAUAUUCCAACUAAUUCAAUUUCUUUCAUUACUUAAGAGUAUUUCAGAACCAUCCUCAGAGAUACGAAAAACCAGUUUCAUAUUAUUAUGUUAUGUAAAAUAUUAAGUUGCAACAAAAUCGCCUCGUGUAACAUGUGGAUAGUACAAAAACUAUUGCACGGCUGAGCGUACAAAUCACUAUUGCAAAACAAACACGAUUGCACGGCUGAAUGUUUAAGACUAACCAAUCAAAGCACAGAUUAAAUUUUUUUGUCUGAUGGACCAAUCGGAUUAAAAGCCGGAUUUUGGCUUUUUUACACGCGGCCAGACAUCCACCCCAGGAAUGGAAAAUGGCCUGAGACUCGGGUUACCAUGUGAAUAACUUAAAAUUAUAUAAGUUAUAAUGUUGGAUUUUAUUAGUAGAUUUAAAAAAUUUAUCUUUGUGUAGGGAAAAUGUAACGACGAUGACGAUGAUGAUGAUGAUGACGAUGUUUAUGAAAUGCCAAACGUAUACGAUAAACACAAUCAAACCAGAACAAAAAUCAUAGAGGACAAUAAAAAAAUCGAAGAUUUCACUGUUAAAGAAAUCGGAAUGUUGCUUAGUGAUCUAAACCUUAGUCAAUAUGGAGGAGUAUUUGAACGCGAGCAGGUUGACGGGAGAAUUCUGAAAGAUUUGGAGAAGGAAAUGCUACAAUCCCAUUUUAAUAUGACCCCAUUUCACGCACAUAAGUUGAAAAAGGCUGCUAUGGAAAAUUGGCGACCUACUGUCACUGACCGAAAAUGAAAUUUAUCACAAUUCAAGUGGACAAAGGACUGCCCUUGGCCUCAAGUUAAAAUUCAUUCCAGAAAAGUGGAACAACGAUUCGGUCUUUUUCUGAUGACCACAAUUUUUCAAUUUCAACUGUCAAGUGUUAUCCUCACCAAAAUAGAGUCUUUACUUAGACCUAAAACUUAGUAAUUUAAGAAAAAAUUGUCUGUAGCCUGCGCGCCGAUUCUAUAAAUUGCUAUAUGUAGGAUCUGCGUACAUCUGCGUACAUAGUGGAUCAUUAAUUGGAUCUCACUCAGUAAAACAUUUUAGCAGCAACCCCCCCCCCUUCCCAAUCCCCUUCCCAAUAAUUUAUGAAAGCCUUUUGAGUGAAAGCUGAAUAAUUGCGCAACAGAGCUGUAAUAAUACUUGUUCAACCAUGAAAUGGUAGGCUAUAAGUUAGUUACAGAUCGCUGCAUGAAAUUUGAAGCAAAAAAGUUUAAAAAACUAAGAUUUCAAGCAACAAAUGGUGGUCAUACGUUGGCAACACUAGCAGCUAAUAACAUAGCCUGCGAACAGGCUCUCAAGCUGAAUUGAGAGCCUGCAUCGAUCACUAAUGAAUUUGAAUAUCUGCGUCUCAAAUCGUGACGCGAAAUUCUCAUUGGUCAGAUGCUAUAAUUUAUAUUAUUCCGCUGAGCUCUAUAUAUGUCAACUGCUAAGCACUAUGCAUAAAAAACACAUUAACUGAUCAAAUUGGUCUUGGCCAUCUUAUCUCAAAGCACGAAAUGUUCUGUUUUGAGAAAACAGUAUUUAAAACAUUUAAACUUUUGCUUCGAUAUCUUAUAUUUCGAAAAACAGUAUAGACUGUACGGUCUAAAUUUAGUUUGCAUGGUCUAAAUUUAGUUUGCACGAAAGUUGUAAACAACACCAUAUAAGGAUAGACAUUCCAUAUUUGGAAAAACGAACGUUACGGGGCAGAUAUUCAAAUUCAUUAGUCAUCGAUGCAGGCUCUCAAUUCAGCUUGAGAGCCUGUUCGCAGGCUACUAAUAACAGGAAAGCUCGGCCUCAUAUAGCUUAUAUUUUAUAAUCGUAUCAGUCGGAUAUAUAAGCAUGUUUUUUGUGGGGCUUUUCAGGGUGUUUGCUAGUAGCUCAGCGGUCAAGGUAUGCCGCCAGGGCCCGCGCUUCGCGACGUUUUUUGUUCGACUUAGCAUUUGUUCUUAAAACUUGUUUCCUCCCAAAUUUAAAAUUUCUUUGACAUUUAGGGGUUUAGGGGUUAGAGUAGAGUAAGGGUUAGGGAUGAGUUUAUUUAAAAAAAUGACUUUAACUGUAAAUGCCCGACUGCGGGUCAAUGGACCAUUUGCAUUAUAGACUAAAUUUGAUCGAAACAAGUCUAGACAAAAAUUUCAUCACAGCUUGAAAGAGCAUCACAAAAUUAGUAAUAUUCGAAAGUUUCGUUGCGAAAUGUUGUAAAAUGCGGAUAAUAUAGCCUUGCGAAACUUGCAAUUUUCAGUCAUUUUGUAUUACAAACGGGAAAUUAAUGCCCCAACACCCGAUUGGGCUGUCAAUUUCCCGUGCGUAUUACAAAAUGACUGAAAAACGGCAAACUUCGCAAGGCUAUAUUAUCCGCAUUUUACAACAUUUCGCAACGAAACUUUCGAAUAUUACUAAUUUUGUGAUUCUCUUUCAAGCCGUGAUGAAUUUUUUGUCUAGACUUUGUCUAUAGAUCAAAAUUUAGUCUAUAAUGCAAUGGUCCAUUUACAGAAGCCAGAGCUUUCCUGUCUACAGCUGCAAGUACUGGCAAUCUAAUUCGCCCCCUCUCCUCCCUCCCUCCCCAAUAUUUCGCGAAGUGCCCGCGACUGAUAUGAACAUGAUCAUGUGCUAGGGUAAAUCUUGUUUUAUUUUAUGAUGUACAUAUCAAUAUAAAUCUGUAUGUUAAUCUUACAUUGUAUACACGCGUAAUAACGCUCAUGCAGGUUGAUGCAAUAUUGAUGAAACACGAUUGAACAAUGCUUUGCUGCCCACAUUGUUCACAGUUGUCAACAAUAUCGAACAUUAUUAUACAUUUAAUAUGUAUUCUCGUUUCUAAUUGGUCAGAAAGCACCGGCUAAUUUUCAGUAUUCGGCAUUUAUUACGUAUUUUCCGCCGAUAACGUCAUCAGCGUCCAAUAAUUGUUUUUUUUGGAUCGAACUUGCAUCCAAAAAAAAAAAAAAUAUUGGACUCUCUCGUGCCCAAACCCUUGUGCGGCCAAAAGCUUGAACCUAUAAGCGCGCGAAAAAAACAAACAAACAAUGGCCUACAGCAGAUUUGCUUUGCUGAAUGAAAGUGAACUCUCCAAAUUAUUGGCAGAUAAGGAUAGUGAAAGCACGAAAAAAGCCACAAAGGGGUAAAUAGAAGUAGAAAUAGAAUAUUUAGCUGACCUUUGACUUUGUACAAGGUGUUUGAUAUUCAAAUUGUACUUUUCCUACCUCAUGAACAGGAAUCGUUUUAUACGUUUCUCAUGUCUUUAAAUGUAUAAUAAAACAAUUAUUGGAUUCGGCUUUCGCAUGAUAUCAAGAAUUAUUCAGACCUCGGUCUAUGUUAUCCGCCUCAGCUUCGCUUCGGCAGAUAACAUUCACCUCGGUCUGAAUAAUCCUUGAUAUCAUGCUCAGCCUCAUCCAAUAAUUGCUUAAUGUUGUUACACCCGAUUCAGGCUCAACAAUAUUGUUCAAUAUUGUUAACAAGUGUGAACAAUGUGGGCAGCAAAACAUUGUUCAAUCCUGUUAAGCAGCGGGCUCGGCGUUUUUUGCCGUGUGUAUAUGUAUAUGAUUCUCCUAGAGUAGAGUUUUAGUGUUUAUUAAUGAUCUGAGUAGUUUAUUAAAACAUUUUUGCAAAGGUUUAAAGUGCAUAUCACAUUUGACCCAAAAAUUCAUGUUAGCA